AACAUACUGUGAAGAAGGGGUAUAGACUAUGUCAACUUCCAAGUCAUACACCAGCUCACCACACCUGGAUCAAGCUCUGGCUGGUUUCGGAGCCGGGUUAGUCUCGACAGUAAUUUUACACCCACUGGAUGUCAUAAAGAUUAGAUUCCAAGUCGAUGAGCGAAAGAAAUCUGAGCAACGACCACUUAUUGGAGGAACCGUCAGGUCUUUCCAGAAAAUAGUAAGAAACGAAGGUGUAUGGCGUGGACUAUAUCGUGGAGUCACGCCAAACAUAGCAGGAGCAACGGCGAGUUGGAGUUUGUACUUUUGGUGGUAUAGUCUGAUAAAAAAGCACAUGCCGAAGAACGAAGAAGGAAAACUGUCUCCAAUACAACAUUUGACUGCUUCUGCAGAGGCUGGCGCCAUCACAGCGGUCUUUACAAAUCCAUUCUGGGUUAUUAAAACUCGUAUGUGCACCACAACAAGAUAUACACCUGGCGCAUACACUGGUCUGUUCAAUGGAUUAAGUCGAUUAGCUACGGAAGAGGGUAUUCGUGGUCUCUAUCGAGGAAUGGUACCAGCGCUGUUUGGUGUUUCACAUGGAGCCAUUCAAUUUAUGGCGUAUGAGGAAAUGAAGAAAUGGAGGAAAAGUAUUCGAGAAAAGCAGGGUAUGGAGGACCUGGAUGUUGAAAGACUUAGUACAGUGGAAUAUCUGGUCAUGGCAGCUUCUAGCAAAGUAACUGCCACUAUCGCCACUUAUCCAUAUCAAGUGCUUCGAAGUCGUUUCCAGAACCAAACCACUCAAGAUAAAUACAAAGGAGUUGUCGAUUGCAUUCGACAGAUUUACAGAGCAGAAGGUUAUAUAGGCUUUUACAAGGGACUUUCACCCAAUAUUAUUCGAGUGCUGCCGGGUACUUGCAUCACAUUUGUGGUGUAUGAGCGGCUUUCUCAAUACCUUCGUGAAAAUGCCACAGAGAACAGUUCAUAGAUUUUGGCAAUGAUCAUUAGUGUACACAUAAAUUAUAUAUCUAGAAAUUGUAACAAAUCCAUAGAUCAUCCACAUCAAAUGUAUUAUCUCACUAUCCAUUCUAACAAGGCUCCAAUGCGAUUCAACGCCCUCUUUCAAUUUGUCUUGCGAUGAAACCUGU